AUGAUUGAAAAGCCACCAUUGCCGGUACACAACCAAAUGGAAACAAGGCUAACCAAACGGAAAGCUUUCUUUAUCAAAUCAUGUCUUGCCACAUUCUGCACUUUCAUCUUUUUAGCAACUUACUCGGCAACUACAUUCCUUAUCAACACGUGGUUCCCUAGAGCAGAACCAGAUAACCCUGAUGCUCUUUGCCCAAUUGUUCCCAAAGCGCAUCCCGAUGGUAUUCACAGUCCGAAACUUAUCCAAUAUAUUCUAAAUGAUGACAAAUUCCACAGGGAAGAACGUGACAGAUUAUUAGGAGCAAUUCAGAUCCCUACUGAAGUCUACGAUGACAUGGAGAUCCCUAAACUGGCUAACGAUUCGGAAUCCUUGCUCAAGCUAGAACCUAGAUGGAAACCAUUCUAUAAAUUACACGAGUACUUGGAGAAAACAUACCCCUUGGCUCACAAACACUUGAAAGUUGAGAAAAUCAAUCAUUUGGGUUUGGUAUAUACUUGGAAAGGUGGUGAUAGUGACAAGAAGCCAAUAAUUUUAGCUGCUCACCAGGAUGUCGUGCCAGUCCAAAAAGCAACUUUGGACCAGUGGACUUAUCCUCCAUUCAAAGGUGGGUUCGAUGGAGAGUAUCUCUUUGGGAGAGGGGUAUCCGAUUGCAAAAACUUGCUCAUUGGGUUACUCACUACCAUCGAGCUACUAUUGGAAAGGGGGGAAUUCAAACCGGAGAGAACAAUAAUCUUGGCUUUUGGUUAUGAUGAAGAAAGUAGAGGUACUGGUGCUGCUGAAAUUUCAAAGCAUCUUUUAUCUCGUUAUGGGGCCGACUCUAUAUUACAAAUCAUUGAUGAAGGUAAUGAGGCUUAUGAAGAGAUUGAAGGAUUGAAAUUGAUUCUCCCUGCAACUGGUGAAAAGGGGUACUUGGACUCAGUCAUUGAAUUGUACACUCCUGGAGGUCAUUCGAGUGUGCCUCCAAAGCAUACAUCCAUUGGAAUAAUGGCGCAAUUGAUCACCGAGAUUGAAAAUGAUGCAUUCCUGCCAUUGCUCACCCAAGUUAAUCCACUCAUGGGUGAACUUUUCUGCUUAGCUGAACAUAGUCCCAUUUUGGACAAGGAUGUCAAGCGCAACAUUUUGAAAGCUCAAGUCGAUGCAAAUGCCAAUAAGCAAGUUGUUGAGUACUUGGACGCAAACCUCGAGACAAAAUAUUUGAUAACCACUUCUCAAGCUAUUGAUAUUGUUGAAGGAGGAGUCAAAUCAAAUGCAUUGCCCGAACAUGUAUCAAUCUUGGUCAACUCGAGAAUAUCGGUUGAAGAAUCGGUACAAGAUGUAAUUGACAAGUAUCAUUUCCAUAUUGAAUCCAUUGCCAAAAAAUUCAAUCUCGGUUUCAUCUUGAAUGGGGAGGAAGUGAUUGCUCCUGGAAAACAAGGAUAUUUCAACUACUCCUUGGUCGAGCCAUUAGAGCCGGCGCCCGUCUCUCCUAUAAAUGGCGAAAGUUGGAAUUUGUUUGGUGGUGCAUUGCGAUACUUGUAUGAAGAUUUGGUGUUCCCCAAACUGAAUGAUACAUUCAUAGUUGCACCUUUCUUGUCAACUGGAAACACGGAUACCAAAUCGUAUUGGGAUUUGAGUAGAAAUAUUUAUCGGUACCAACCUGGACUUCCUUUUAAACACAGCGGAGUUCAUUCAGUCGAUGAGAGAUUACUUUUCGAUGGCCAUUUCCAUAUUAUAGCAUUUUACUACUAUUACUUACAAAUCAUCGAUGAAGCUGAUGAUGCAAAAUUUUAA